GACGCCGGAGCAUGCGCGGGGCUGCCCCGGAUCGCUAUGGCAGCGGCGUCGCGGUGGGCCGGGCCUUGGCGCUCCGGUUUCGGCCCUGCUGCUCUAACAGCCGCCCCCACCGCCGCCUCCCGGGCAUGAGCGGCCGCCCCCGCCGCCGCCCGCUGCCCUGCGCGUCGCUGCGGUGGCAUCCCGACCGUGGGCCCGCGCCGGGAACAUGCCCCUGGCCGCCUACUGCUACGUGCGGGUCGUGGGCAGAGGCAGCUACGGGGAAGUGACGCUCGUGAAACACCGGCGGGACGGCAGGCAGUAUGUCAUAAAAAAGCUGAACCUGCGGCGCGCCUCCAGCCGGGAGCGCCGAGCUGCGGAGCAGGAAGCCCAGCUCCUGUCUCAGCUGAAGCACCCCAAUAUCGUCACCUACAAGGAAUCCUGGGAGGGCGGAGACGGUCUGCUCUACAUCGUCAUGGGCUUCUGCGAAGGGGGCGACCUGUACCGGAAGCUGAAGGAGCAGAAGGGACAGCUCCUGCCCGAGAGUCAGGUGGUGGAGUGGUUCGUACAGAUUGCCAUGGCUCUGCAGUAUUUACAUGAGAAACACAUCCUUCAUCGAGAUUUGAAAACUCAAAACGUGUUCCUAACAAGAACAAACAUCAUAAAAGUGGGUGACCUAGGAAUCGCCCGUGUGUUAGAGAACCACUGUGACAUGGCGAGCACCCUCAUCGGCACACCCUACUACAUGAGCCCUGAAUUAUUUUCCAACAAACCCUACAACUAUAAGUCUGAUGUUUGGGCUCUGGGAUGCUGUGUCUAUGAAAUGGCCACCCUGAAGCAUGCUUUCAAUGCGAAAGACAUGAAUUCUUUAGUUUAUCGAAUUAUUGAAGGAAAGCUACCACCAAUGCCAAAAGAUUAUAGCCCGGAGCUGGCAGAACUGAUAAGAACAAUGUUGAGCAAAAGGCCCGAUGAGAGACCCUCUGUGAGGAGCAUCCUGCGGCAGCCGUAUAUAAAGCGCCAAAUCUCCUUGUUUUUGGAGGCCACAAAGGCAAAAACCUCCAAGAAUAACAUUAAAAAUGGUGACUGUAAAUCCAAGCCUGAGGCUGCAGUGCUGUUGAGAAGCUCAGAGGCAAAUCAUGAAGUAGCCUGCUCCCAGCCGCCCUCUUCUGAGGACUCUAAGUCAUGUAUAAUGGGUGAAGAUGCAUGUUUGUCCCAGGAGAAACCAGUGCUCAGUGGUCCUUUGAAGUCACCUGCUGAUCUGAAGAGCCAUGCCAGCAAACCUGACAUGAGCAGUACUGCACAGUCACUAGCCACACUCAGUAGGGUAGAUAUUGACAUCUUACCUGCAGAAAGGAGGGACUCACUGAGUGAUGGCUUUGUUCAGGACAAUCAACAGAUACACUUAGAUGCCUCUGAUGAGCCAGGAAAUAAAUGUAGCAUUUCUCAAGUGAAGGAGGAGGAGCUGAAGGAUUCCGCUCAAUCCCAUGCUCAACCUGAAAACCUGGCUCCCACUUGCUCCCCUGAUGAUGGCACUGGCGAAAGGAAUGAACCAGUGAUGAAACCUCUGCAGCCCCUACACAAAGACCAAAAGCCACAGGACCUGGAGAGUGAUACAUACAAGAACCAGGUUGCUGGUGAAUGUAAUGCAGAAAACCUGGGCAGAAUCCACAAAGGUUUCCAGCCGCACAAUUCGGGGUCUGAACCCUCUCUGUCUCGACAGAGACGACAGAAGAAAAGAGAACAGACUGAGCACACUGGGAGAAAGAGACAGAUCCAUGAGGCACCUUCUGGACUUUUGCCUUCUCAUCCCACUAUUGGAAACGUGGCUGUUAGAUCAACGCAAAAAGAUGCUGAAAACCAGAGUAGAGUGGUCACUGGGUCUGGGAGCAGUUCAGGGAGCAGUGAGCUGUCAUCAAAGGGUCGACCAUUAUCAGCCAGAGAGAGGAGACGACUAAAGCAGUCCCAGGAGGAGGUGCUCCCCUCAGGCCCUUCAGUGAGGAGAGCUGUGAGUGCAGUGGGGCCAGGGAAACCACAGGAGGAAGGCCAGCACCCCCCUGCCCGACGGUCCUCUUCCGACUGCAGUUUCUCUAAGGAAAGGAAAUUGAUUCAUUGUCUGUCUGAGGAUGAGUUAAGUUCUUCUACAAGUUCAACUGAUAAGUCAGAUGGGGAUUCCAGGGAAGGGAAAGGUCAUACAAAUGAAAUGAGUGACUUGGUUCAGUUGAUGACUCAGACUCUGAAACUGGAUUCUAAAGAGAGCUGUGAGGAUCUGCCGGUACCAAAUCCAGUGUCAGAAUUCAAACUUCAUCGGAAGUAUCGGGACACAUUAAUACUUCACGGGAAGGUUGCAGAGGAGGCCGAGCAGUUCCAUUUUAAAGAGCUACCUUCAGCCAUCAUGCCAGGUUCUGAAAAGAUCAGGAGAAUAGUUGAAGUCUUGAGAGCUGAUGUAAUCCAGGGCCUGGGGGUUCAGCUUUUGGAACAGGUGUAUGAUCUUUUGGAAGAGGAGGAUGAGUUGGAGAGAGAGGAAUGCUUCUGGACUGUCAUGGGCUUAGAAAGUUCCUUGUUACAGCUGCACUGCAGGUUGCUGCUGUGUGACCUGCACAACCUCUUCUUGGGAGUACUCUUCCCCUGUUGCUAGUACACGAGUCACAAUUGCAGUGGCAUCAUGAGCAUUCAGUAAAUCUGAAUUCUGUGUAUGGAAAAUCACUUCUCUAUUAAAUGUUCUUCAGAGUUUACAUGUAAGAUGUGAUAAACAGAGUUUUGUGAUGGAAAUGUUAUUUGAAGUGUCCAGAAUGGUAGUCACUAGUCAUAUAUGACUAGCCUUUGAAUCACAGCUAGUCUGACUUAAGAACUUAAUUUUUAAAUACACACAUUUGAUUAUUGGCACCAUAUUGGAUAGCCCAGUCUCCUAUUGUUCAUUAAAUAAAUAUUCAGCAGUUAUAAUGUGCCAGUUACUCUUACAGGUACAGGAUACACAGCAGUGAGUUAAACAAGGGCCCUGUUCCCAUGGAGCUCAUGUUCCAGUGAGAAACACCUGUUAGGUGUAUUCACUGCCAUGAAAAACAGCAGGCUAAGUAGAUGCAGAACGAUGGGGCGCAGCACUCCUCUGUAGUGACAAGUGGGUAGAAGCCUGAAUGAAAGGAGGGAGCAAGUCCCGGCUGACGGAAGAUGUUUCCAGCACAAGGAACGAGCUCAACAGUUUUCCUCUCUAUUGCUUAUUUGAUCUGCCAGAUUCUGAAAGGUGUAGUACUACUUAAAGAUUUAUUUAUUUAUUUAUUUUUGAAAAGCAAACUUACACAGAGGGCAGGGGGAGAAACCUGUUUCACUCCCCCAACAGUGGCAAAGGCCAAGGAUAGGCCAAAGUCAGGAGUCAGGAAUUCUAACAGGAAUUCUAACAAGGUCUCCCAUAUAGGUGGCAGGGGCUAUCUUCUGUUGCUUUUCCAGGUGCAUUAACAGGAAACUGGAUUGGAAAUGGAGCAGCCAAGACUCAAACUGGCUCUCAUAUGGGAUGCUGGUAUCACAGGCAACCGACUUAACCUGCUGCACCAUACCACCGGCCCCUGUGCUCAGUUCUUGUAGACUGAACAGUCUGCUUUAUACUGUACUUAGUCAGUGCAUAGGAAUCCCAACAGUGGCAUCCUAGUGGCUACGAAAUGCCUCUGCCCUAUCUAAUGCUUCCUGACAUGAAACAUUCCACUUUUUCACUGUUACUCUUUUUGCUUCUAUCUGCUUAUUAAUAAAGCCUUUCUCCUGUCUUCAGUCUUCUGAUGUCACUUUCAGAACAUGAGGUAACUCAGUUUUCAACCCAACACAUAACUAACAAUCACAUUUAUUAUACUUUCUGAUAUGCUUGGCCUUAUUUCUGCCUUUUUUCCAACCUUCUUUUUAAAAUCUUUCCUGAGUUGGGCCAGUUCUUGGCAUCCCAUAUGGAUGCUGGUUCGAGUCCUGGCUGCUCCACUUCCAAUCCAGCUCUCUGCUAAUGUGCUUGGGAAAGCAGCAAAGGAUCGCCCAGGUGCUUGGGCCCCUGCACCCACAUGGGAGACCCAGAAGAAGCUCCUAGCUUUGGAUUGGUACAGCUCUGGCCAUUUGGGGAGUGAACCAGCAGAUGUUAAGGUCUCUCUUUCAAAUAAGUGAACAAAUUAAAAAAAAAAAAAAAAACUUUCCUGAGUUUUUCUGUUAAGGUUGUUUUUCCUUAAACUCCAAUCUGGAAAUCUCAUGUGAUGGUAUUGAGAUAUAUAGCAUUACCUAUAGUAAUUCUCCCUUUCCCACCAGGUAACAGCACCUUGGAGCUCAUUUUUCUCUUCAGGUUUCUGAAACAAAAGGAAUUUAUGGCUUUCUGGGCUUUCACUAGGAUUGACCUCAAGCAGAUUAAAUGUUUUCUGCUUAAUAACAACAGUCCUUAUUUCACUGGUACUAAAAUAAUACUUUACCACAAAUCCACAUUAAGUAAAAUUUUUCAUAGGUUCUUUCCAUUAAGAAUAUUAUAGGCCAGCGCCGCGACUCGGUGGGCUGGUCCUCCGCCUUGCGGUGCCGGCACACCGGGUUCUGGUCCCAGUCGGGGCGCCGGAUUCUGUCCUGGUUGCCCCUCUUCCGGUCCAGCUCUCUGCUGUGGCCUGGGAGUGCAGUGGAGAAUGGCCCAAGUGCUUGGGUCCUGCACCCGCGUGGGAGACCGGGAGAGGUGCCUGGCUCCCGGCUUUGGAUUGGCGCAGUGUGCCGACUGCAGCGGCCAUUGGGGGUGGCCAAUGGUAAAGGAAGACCUUUCUCUCUGUCUCUCUCUCUCACUGUCCACUCAAAAAAAAAUAAAUAAAUAAAAAUAAGAUUAUUAUAGAAACUUGCAGCUGUAGAAUCAUGAACUUUUGUUUUCUUUAAUAUUUAUUUAUUUGAAAGGCAAAGAGAGAGAGGUGAGAGGGACAUCUAUCUGCUGGUUCACUCCUCAAAUGGCCACAAUGACUGCGGCUGGGCCAGGCUGAAGCUAGGAGUGUCCUCCAGGUCUCCCUUGUGGAUGGCAGGGGCCCAGGACUUGAGCCAUCUUCCACCACUUUCCCAGGCACAUUAGCAGGAAGCUGCAUGGUAAGUGUAGCAGCUGUGACUCGAAUCAGCACCCACACAGGAUGCAGUGGUGUAACCCACCGCGCAGUGCCAGCCCCAAAGCCAUGAACUUCUGACCAGCUUUCAUGAGGUCCUGCUUGUAGAACAACCGACAGCAGACCUGUCAGACACCGACUUGCACUGUAAGUUUUAACUGGAAACAUUAAAAUGACUUAAUGACUCAAUGAAUUAUAAAACUGACAAAAUGUACUAUCAUGAGGCAUUUAUUAUUAUGUACACCUGAAACUUUUUCCAUACUUGGGUUUUGUUUUUUACUUCACAGCAAGAUUAUGAAAAGGUCUAAAAUAUUUAUAAAUCAAACUUCAACUGGGUUAGAAAUGUAAAGAGAAUUAAGUCUAGACACGGUGGUGCUGUGAGAGCUUAGAUGGUUUUGGCUCAUGUUUUGGGUAUGAAAAGCAGUAUAGCUCAUCUCAGGAAAUAAAAGCAGGUGCUGAAUCACGAAAACCCAGUCAGUUAUUUUUAGCAUGCCUCUUAAUUUUUCUAUCUCCUGGCUUCUUGUCUUCUGUGCAUGAAUCUUGAACAGGUAACCACUUGAGGGGAUGCCGGCGAUAGAUUGGCCAUGGAGGAAGUGUCAGC